CCCAAACAAGACGAAUGGUUCUUCGAAGCUUGAGAGGCCGCGUUCCGCGAAGCGCUGGCCAGCGUUGACGCGUGCCGCCGUUUGAACAGCUGUCCGCGGCCGGCGAUCAUGAUCUGCACCCUCGGACGACCUGCCUCGCGAUGGUCUGAACCAUUGCUGCUUCUAUCACAUGUACUACUACUGGCUCUGACUUCAACUUCGAGGGCGCGCCCCUUGACGAAACCCAGUAGCGAAGAUUGUGGCGCAUGGUCGCGGCGAGGCGGCCGAGUGGUGGGCGGUGUAGUUGCCGACCCGGCGCCCUGGAUGGUGCAGCUGAUGCGCGGGCGCAAGCACAUCUGCGCCGGUGCCCUCCUCUCUCCAAGGCACGUGCUCACAGCUGCCCACUGCGUCCAGCAGCACAGGCCCGACUUGCGGCUUCGGCUGGCAGAAGGUUCCGUGCAUGCUCCUCGGCAGGUGCUCGUGCACGAGGAUUUCGACGCAUCCGAGCUGCGCCACGACCUAGCGCUUCUGGUGCUGGAACAACCAGCAGCUGUGGCCCGCGCCGAGAUGGUGUGCCUGCCAAGGGCAAGCGGGGAGAACCACGAGGGCAGGGCGGCCCUGGUGUCUGGGUGGGGCUCCACCGGGUCGCACGAGCAGACGAAGCAACAGGAGAAGGGAGGAGAAGGCAGCCCGGAACACCGCGAAGCGAUGGUCCAGACGCUGAACCGCGACCAAUGCGAAGAGGCCUACCUGGGCUUGCUGGACAUCACUGACGAGAAGCUGUGUGCCGCAGGCAAUGGCGUGGACACCUGCCAGGGUGACUCAGGAGGCCCGCUGGUUGUGAGCGACCCGGUGCGCGACCGGUUCUCAGUGGUCGGCGUUACGUCGUUCGGCGUGCGCUGCGGUGACGCCCGCUUUCCGGGAGUUUACACGCGCGUGGCCGCCUACCUGCCCUGGAUACGCGGAAAGAUGGUGGAACACCAAUAGCCCAGAAAUUUGAAGCCUACGACGCGUCCUUUUACCAUGGACUCUUUUUGCGGUGGUUUGUACCAGCCGGUGGGACGCCUUUUGCGCUGUUUAACAACGGAAAGUGAAUGUCAGAACAGGCUGUUAGUUAUCAGUGACGGGUUCCACUUCAACGGUGAAUCUGCAUCGUUUCCUGAUUGCUCUAGCAAGUGCCAUACAAGCUGUGCGUAUAGUACGCUUUUCCUUGGUACAUAUGUUGUUUUUAUUGUGCAACUCGUCGCAGGUCCUCGGCGGCUAUGACGCUGUUGUGCUGUGCAUGAUGUUAGGGCUGCGAAUCUUGGCCGUGGCGGCCGCAUUCAGAUCGAGGCGGAAUGGCAUACCUUUAAACUUUCCCGAAUUUUUUUGCAAAGGCCAGAAAUUUGAGCCCGUGCUACAACUUUACGAAUGUUUCGUAAAGUUUUAUGAAAAGGAAGUUCUGUUCGCGAAAGUGUUAAAACCUCUUUAAAGAUGAAGCUGCUUAAGUUAAAAAAAAUGGUAGACGACCAUAAUCUCUGACUUCGCUGUCUCUUAUAGUGGCACUCCCACUUUGGCGUUGGUGUUCUUCAGGCUAACUUUAGGCGAACGCAACGCAGGAAUGAACUGGGAGGCAACUGUUUUCCAUUAGUUUGCCAGUUAAAUAUCAUGCCGCCUUGUGUAUGACGUCAUUAGCGACGCCAUUAGUGACGUCAUUACUCCGCUUUUUACUUCCGGGUUUCCAGGAAUUUCGCCAAAUUCGUGCUCACGUGGCGGGUCUCUAAAAUGCACGAUUCUGUGCUUUGGUGCGUGGUAAUCACUGAUUUCUAAUUCUCAUUAUUCCGCUCACUUCAGCAGCACAACUUGUAACUAAACUUAUGCUCUGAUAUUAUAAAUUUAAUGAAACCCAUGAAUUUGGUACUGUACAAUUCUUCUUCUAUUUUUUUCAUGAUUCAUAUUUAAUUUCGUCCCGGUCGUCUCAGUGAUUUCCGAUUAAUUCUAAUUAUUCCGUACACUUCAGCAGCACAACUUGUAACUAAACAUAAGCUCUGAUAUUACUAUAAUGAAACCCGUGAAUUUAGCACUGCACUAUUCUUCUUCUAUUUUUUUCCUCAUUUAUC